AUGGAGAAACAGAACCUCACAGUCUUGAAUGAAUUCAUCCUGAUGGGUAUCACUGACCGCCCUGAGCUACAGGUCCCACUAUUUGGACUCUUCCUCAUCAUCUAUCUAUUCUCACUGCUGGGCAACUUGGGGAUGAUCCUCCUAACUAUGGUGGAUUCCAGGCUGCAAACACCGAUGUAUUUCUUUCUCAAACACUUGGCUAUCACGGAUCUUGGAUACUCUACAGCUGUGGGACCUAAAAUGUUAGAAAAUUUUGUUGUGACCCAAAAUACAAUAUCAUAUUAUCUUUGUGCUGCACAGCUUGCUUGCUUUCUUCUUUUCAUUACUUGUGAACUGUUUAUUUUGUCUGCCAUGUCUUAUGACCGCUUUGUGGCCAUCUGUAACCCACUGCUCUACCCUGCCAUCAUGUCACAGAGGUCAUGUUGGGUCCUGGUGGCAAUCCCAUAUCUAUAUGGUUUAUUUCUGUCUCUUAUUAUUACUUUAAAGAUGUUCACUUCAUCAUUCUGUGGUUACAAUGUAAUCAAUCACUUUUUCUGUGACUGUAUUCCUUUGAUACCUUUGCUCUGUUCAAACACUCAUGACCUUGAGCUGAUAAUUCUAAUCUUUGCCAUUUUUGAUUUGAUUGCUUCACUUCUAGUUGUUCUUGUGUCUUACCUGCUAAUCCUUAUAGCCAUUCUAAGAAUGAACUCUGCUGAGGGAAGGCGCAAGGCUUUUGCAACUUGUGGAUCACACCUGACUGUGGUCAUCGUCUUCUAUGGGACUUUGAUAUCUAUGUAUUUGCAGCCAAAUUAUAGUCAUUCACUUGAUACCGACAAAUUGGCAUCCAUUUUUUAUACCCUGAUUAUUCCCAUGUUGAAUCCCUUGAUCUACAGUUUGAGGAACAAAGAUGUAAAAGAUGCUGGACAGAGGAUAUGGAGGAAGAUGUGCAAGAUUUGA